AUGUCGAUUCUAUCACGAGCUGUGUGCAAUCACACGGGAUCAUUAAAAAUAAAUGCUACAUGGAAUCCUAUGUAUCGAUUGAUCAAUAGUAUUCGAUCUUCAUCAACAGAUUCGACAGAUGAACAAGAAGAUCCCGGAUCUGGUUUCUAUACUAUGGUAGAGAAAUUUUAUGAUCGCGCAGCUAAACUUCUUGAAGAUAAAUUAGUCAAUGAUAUGCACAAAUCUAAAUUAAGCGAAGAACAAAAGCGUAUAAAAGUAAGAGGAGUAUUAACUAUGAUGAAACCACCCAAUUAUGUUUUGGCGAUCACAUUUCCUAUUCGACGGGAUAAUGGUGAAUGGGACAUGAUUGAAGCAUGGCGAGCUCAACAUUCAUUACAUCGAACACCAUGUAAAGGUGGUAUUCGAUAUUCCAUGGAUGUCAAUUUAGAUGAAGUCAAAGCAUUAGCUGCUUUAAUGACAUUUAAAUGUGCUUGUGUAAAUGUACCAUUCGGAGGUGCCAAAGCCGGUGUUAGAAUCAAUCCAAAAGAAUGGUCGGAAACGGAAUUGGAACGUAUUACACGACGUUUAACAGUUGAAUUAGCUAAAAAAGGUUUUAUUGGACCUGGUAUUGAUGUUCCAGCGCCAGAUAUGGGUACGGGUGAACGUGAAAUGGCUUGGAUAGCUGAUACAUAUGCAUCGACUGUCGGCUGGGAAGAUUUAAAUGCAUAUGCAUGUAUUACUGGUAAACCUAUUUUACAAGGUGGUAUUCAUGGACGAACAUCUGCUACGGGUCGUGGUUUAUAUCAUGGUGUAAAUAAUUUUGUUAAUGAAAAAUUCUAUAUGGAUAAAAUUGGCUUGACAACUGGUUUAGCUGGAAAAACAUUUAUUGUUCAAGGUGCUGGUAAUGUCGGUUACCAUUCUAUGCGUUAUUUAACACGACAUGGUGCAAAAUGUGUUGGUGUUCUUGAAUGGGACGGAGGUAUUGUUAAUCCAGAUGGUAUUGAUCCAAUAGCAUUAGGAGAAUAUAAAUUUGAGCAUGGAACGAUUGUUGGAUUUCCAGGCGCUAGAGCUUAUGAUAAAGAUCCAAAAGAAGAUCUACUUUGUGAAGCAUGUGAUAUUCUUAUACCAGCUGCUAGUGAACAACAAAUAACAUCGAAGAAUGCUAGACGAAUCCGAGCAAAGAUCAUCGCUGAAGGCGCCAAUGGACCAACAACACCAGCAGCAGAUAAAAUUCUGCUUGAAAAAAAUGUUUUAGUCAUUCCUGAUAUGUAUGUUAAUGCCGGUGGUGUUACAGUAUCGUAUUUUGAAUGGCUUAAAAAUCUUCAACAUACAUCCUACGGUCGAUUGACAUUUAAAUAUCAACGAGACACAAAUUAUUCGCUUCUUGAAAGUGUUCAGAGUUCAUUAGAAGCUAAAUUUGGUAAAAUGGGAGGAAAAAUUCCAAUUUUACCAAGUAAAUCAUUUUCUAAACGUAUGGCUGGUGCAUCGGAAAAGGAUAUUGUUCAUUCUGGUCUUGAACAAACCAUGGAAAAAUCUGCACGUGCUAUUAUGGAAACAGCUCAAGCGUACAAAUUAGAUUUAGAUUUACGCACAGCUGCCUAUGUAACAUCUUUAGAAAAAAUUUACAAUGUCUAUUCAGCCGCUGGUAUGACCUUUGGCGUUUAA